AUGUACAUUCCUCGUACAAGUUUCCCCUAGAUUAAACAGUGUCAGUCUGUAUCUGAAUGCGGCCUGAUACGAUCUUUAUUAAAACACAUCCAUCCAGAUACAGUUCAGGUCGGGUAAUGGCUUUAAGAUAUACAUGAGCUACACACGGAGUUUGCACUUGCUUGGCGCACUUGCGGGUACGAAGUCAUGUGGUUACUUGAUGCUGCUGAUAUGUGGAUUACAGGCCCAUGGCAUCUACCGCCGGCGGGCAUUCGCAAUCGAAUGCCGUGGUCGGUAUACACGCCGGUCUAUAUAAGCGCAGAUCUGCUCGUCUCGU